GGCGGGGCGGUUAGGGGCGGAGCCCGAGGGAGCGGAGUGGGGCGGAGCCGAAGCGCCUGCCAGGCAGGAGCCCGCCAAAGGGGGAGGGGGGGCGCGAGCGCGAAGGGAAGGGAAGCGAGAGAGGCCAAAAAGGCGGUGCUUCGGCCUGCUGAGGCUGAAAGCUGGGAGGAAGAAGCAAGAGCAGUAGCAGCAGCGGCAGCGAUGGCGCGACUGGUGGCAGUUUGCAGAGACGGAGAGGAGGAAUUUCCCUUUGAGAAGCGGCAGAUCCCCCUCUUCAUAGAUGACACGCUUACGAUGGUGAUGGAGUUCCCGGACAAUGUGCUGAACCUUGAUGGACAUCAGAACAACGGAGCCCAGCUGAAGCAGUUCAUCCAGCGGCACGGCAUGCUCAAGCAGCAGGAUCUGAGCUAUGCCAUGAUGGUGACGUCGCGUGAGGCCUUGAGUGCCCUUUCUCAGCUUGUCCCAUGUGUUGGCUGUCGCCGCAGCGUGGAGCGCCUGUUCUCGCAGCUGGUCGAGUCGGGCAACCCCGCCCUGGAGCCCCUCACGGUCGGGGCGAAGGGAUUCCUCUCCGUGACUCGGAGCUGCAUGAUGGAUGCCAAGAAGCUUUAUACCCUCUUCUACGUGCACGGGUCCAAGUUAAACGAAAUGAUCGAGGCAAUUCCGAAGAGUAAGAAGAACAAACGAUGCCAGCUGCACUCCCUGGACACGCACAAGCCCAAACCCCUGGGUGAAGGGAACGCUAGCGCCCCGAGUGCAGAGAAGUUAGGUGCAGAUAAGAGGAGUAGUGACGACGACAGGAAGGAGAGCAGGUGUAGGAUCACUUUCUGCUGCGGACCUUUCCAGGGAGCGGCCGGCAGGGGUUGCUGGAUGGACGUGUGGGAGCUCAUGUCCCAGGAGUGCCGGGACGAAGUUGUCCUCAUCGACUCCAGCUGUCUCCUGGAAACCUUAGAAACCUAUCUCCGGAAACACCGGUUUUGCACAGACUGCAAGAACAAAGUGCUGCGGGCGUACACCAUCCUGAUUGGCGAGCUGGACUGCAGCAAGGAGCGGGGCUACUGCGCCGCCCUGUACGAGGGUCUGCGCUGCUGCCCCCACGAGCGCCACAUCCACGUCUGCUGCGAGACGGACUUCAUCGCGCACCUCCUGGGCCGGGCCGAGCCGGAGUUCGCCGGAGGGUAUGAGCGAAGAGAGAGGCACGCCAAGACCAUCGACAUCGCCCAAGAGGAGGUGCUCACCUGCCUGGGCAUCCACCUGUACGAACGGCUGCACCGCAUCUGGCAGAAGCUGCGGGCCGAGGAACAGACCUGGCAGAUGCUCUUCUACCUGGGGGUCGAUGCUCUGCGGAAAAGCUUUGAGGUGGCCGUGGAGAAGGUCCAGGGCAUCAGCCGGCUGGAGCAGCUCUGCGAGGAGUUCUCUGAAGAGGAGCGGGUGCGAGAGCUCAAGCAGGAGAAGAAGCGCCAGAAGCGCAAGAACCGGCGGAAAAACAAGUGUGCCUGCGAGGCGCCGGCUCCCUUGCAAGUGGCCGAGGAGGAGGAGGAGGAGGAGGAGAUGAGCCAGGGCAAGGAAAACUUCUUGGCCAUCAGCUGCAAAGCCUGUGGCAGCGCCGAAGAGAGCGGCCGCUGCCGGGAGCCCCUGGUGGCCCACGACGGCUCCUGCUGCACCUGUCCCGCUGGCGGCACUCUGCCAGGGUCGCCGAAGGUCAAGAAAGGCUUAUCUGCACACUGUAACGGCAGCGACUGUGGCUACUCUUCCAGCAUGGAGGGCAGCGAGACGGGCUCUCGCGAGGGCUCGGAUGUGGCCUGCACUGAGGGCAUCUGCAACCACGAUGAGCACGGCGAUGACACCUGCCUCCAUCGCUGUGACGACAAGGAGGAGGAGGAGGAGGAGGAAGAAGAGGACAGCUGUGUGGAGUGCUGGGCCAACUCGGAAGACAGCAGCGUCAAAGGCAAGAGCAAGAAGAAGAGGAAGAAAAGCAAGAAGGGCUGCGAGGCGGAGCACCUCCCCAAACUGGGCCCUUGUGUGGUGGACGCCAGUCAUCGUGAGAGCCCCGGCCACCCCACGCAUCCCGAGUUCCACCCGCAGGACAAGACCAAAGAGCCGACGCUGCCCGCCGAGAUGCUGUGCUGUCGGGCAGAAAAGGGCGGCCAGCCGGUGCCUUGGCUGGAGCGCAGGAAGACAGCCGCCCUGCUGUGUGCCGAGCCUCCCGAAGCAGCCUCUGCUCCCGAUGCUGGGAAGGGGGCCAAGAGCUUGGUGGAACUCCUUGAUGAAUCCGAGUGCAUUUCUGACGAGGACAUCUUCAUCUCGCAAGACGAGAUCCAGUCCUUCAUGGCCAACAACCAGUCUUUCUACAGCAAUAGAGAACAGUACCGGCAGCAUCUGAAGGAGAAGUUUAACAAAUACUGCCGCUUGAACGACCACAAGGGGCCUCUGUGCAGAGGGUGGCUCACGACCGCCGGGGCCAACUGAACCCAAUAAAACUCGCUCUGUCUUUCGAGGAAACUCUCUGGAUAUGACUACUGCGCCUUUUCUCCUUUCCUGAACACUUUCUUUAGUGACUUAACAGAAAUCCUCUCUUUUAAAAUCAAUGUGGCUCUCCCCCCCCGCCCCCCACUUUAUUUAUUUCUUUCUCUUUUUUUUCCCCUGUGCAGGAGGCUGGUGAAGGAGGCACCUUUUUAAUUUUGAUAUAUAUUUUGUUUUCCCUUUGGGGCUUGGAUCUUUAGUUUAUACUAGAUGGGGCAAGCCUAGACCUUCAUAAUUUAAGCCAUCUCUGUCUCUUUCUCUCUGUCUCUCCUUCCAUUUAAUGUUUUCUCUUAACUGUGACACUUAACAAACAACAAAAAAAGCAACUUAGUGGCAAAAGUAAUGUUGUACUUAUAAUUCUGUACAGAAAUUACGAGCUCAAUAUAAAGAUUUUACAAAGUAGACAUCCA